UUUUGUAGACAGGUACCCCGUCAGGGACCAUCUCGUCUCUAUCUCUCGUUACCGCAAGCUCUCCCGGCACGGUCAGCAGCGCUCGAAUGGCCAAGAUCCGAUGGGGACCUUGGAGCGGUGCUUCGAGGAAAUCUCAUCGCAUCCCGGCGAGGAAUUCUGCGUGGAGCUUGGACGAUGACCUCGUCGGACUGCAGAAGACGAUGCUUUCCAUGCUGACGGACCCCGCGCUUAGCGACGUGUGCCUCGUGGUGGAGGAUAUCGAUGUUCCCUGUCACAAGGCUGUGCUAGCCGCCUGGAGCCGACCGUUCCGGGCGAUGUUUACCCUGCCGAUGCUGGAGUCGCGGCACCAGUGCAGAGUGGUCAUCGAGGACGCCGAGCACAAACACCUCAUGGUGGUCCUUCACUACCUCUACAGCGGAUGCAUUGGCCUCAAUGACCAGAACGUGAUGCCGGUCUCCGCCCUGGCGAACCGGUACGAAGUGCUGCCGCUCAUGGCUCAGUGCGAGGGCUACAUGAAGUGGCGCCUUCACCCGAGCAACGUAGUGGCCCAUCUGCUUUCCGCGGAGGAGCAUCGUGUGCCAAAGGCUGCAGCCUUUGCCUUGGAGUACCUUGCGGUUCAUUUUGACGAGGUCCACCACGACGGUAGCGGCGACUUCAACUCUCUGGGGGGCGAUACAGUGCUGCGCGUGCUGCAGCAUGACGGCCUGACCGUCGACGAGGAGACGGUGUUUCUAGCAGUGGACGGGUGGGCUAAGGCGUGGGAGCAUCGCCGAUCUAUCCGUGGCGCCACGCGCAACUACGCCGUCGGCAGGUCUCCGCCGCCGGCCGUGGCAGAACAAGGCACGCAGGCGGUCGGCGUAGGGAGCACAUCAAAGCGCGGCUCAUCGAGCUCGCACAGCGUCAAGAAAACCCUGAGCGCCACCGAUUUCCCUCCAUCAACAUCAACGACGGUGCCGGGAAGAGUGCAGGACACAGAUGAGCAGGGGGGUGGCGGUGCCGGUAGCGGUGCCCGUAGUGUGGUGAGGGAUGCCGCGUCCUCCGCGUCUUUGGAGAAGAACCCGAGAAGUCUGAAUGGCCGAGAGCGGCCAGAUUUGGGUGCUGGGUUUACGCUCAGGAGCACUACCGAAGGCACGUCGGCACAGAGCCGCGUUGGAGGAACGAGAGAGACCGACAGCCGCGGUGGCAGCAGCAUAGGCAGUAGCAUAAGCAGCAGCAGCAGCAGCAGCAGCAGCAGCAGCAGCCGCAGCCGCAGUGGCAGCAGCAGCAGCGCUUCAAGCGCCCCUCCGCCUUCAUUGCCAUCCUCGGUGUCAAUGGCAGCGACAGCCGCAGCACUGGUUUCGGCUCCCACUGCCGCGGGGGCUGCGGCGGCAGCGAGAAGAUUAAGGGGCGAAGAGCAAGCAGUCACCCGACGACCAUCUUCUUCUACUGGUCCGACUUGCAACGUCUCUAUAACCACUGCCUCGAAUACCGCCAUGCGCGACACGCGUUCAGAUGCAUCCCCGGGUGCGCGUGGGUUGGGGGGGAGAGGAAGUAUCGGGGGUGCAAGCGAGGGGCGAUCGACGAUGGAUGUUGGAGACGAACCCCCGAAAGGAGUAGCGGAAGGGGAAGCCGGCCGAGUGCUACAAAGACGAGCAAGCGGUUCGGCUGGGGGAGAGGGAAAACAAGGCGGGUACGCGGGAGAGGUGCUGCAGCGGGCGGCGUCCUUUUGGCACCCCCCUCCCCCGCCGGAGCCCCCUGUUGCCAACGUGCGCAAGGCGGCUGCAGUCAGUUCGCCUAAUAGCUCAUCCCCAAUCGAAGGCAUGACCGACGAAGGGAAGGGGACGUUGGAGACGAUGGUCCCCAUCCCGGAAGAGGAGCAGGCCUUCGUGGACGAGCUCUUGAUGGAGGUUCGGUUCCCGCUUGUAUCGACGAGCUUCCUUUGCCAAGUGGUGGAGAAAUCUCCAGUGAUAACGGGCAGCCGAGUAGCGCAGAGGUUGUUGCACGAAGCUUACCGGUUUCAAGCGAUCAGGCCGGACGGUGUGGAUGUGGACGAGCUUUUCCCGGGAAACCAUCGAGUCAAGUAUCGUGGGCAUGAGCGAGUGCUGUUCGGCGAGGAUGAGGGAUGCGUGGGGCACGUCGAAGAUUAUAGUUCUUCCCUCUCAGAGGUGCACCUGGUGGAGAACGUGAAGCAGAGGGAUGAGAAGUACUGGCUUCCGGGACAGCCCGAAGAGGCGUACUUCUGCGUGCGGUUGGACCGAGUGCGACGGAUCACCAAGUUCCGCCUUCAAAAUCGCUACAGCGAGGAGUUCGAGGUCGCCGUUCGUCGCACUAGGAGAGAAGAGUGGCAGGUUAUCGUCCCGCGCCAGACCAGCGGCGGUCACAAAGACGUAAAGUCGCUUGACCUGACACGGAAACGAGUUAAGGCCAGGCACGUCAAGAUUUCCCUCAGAGGUCGUACGAGAUCUUGCUACAACACGUCAUGCUACUGGGUAGAGCUGCUCGGAUUUUGAGCAGUACAUGUGCAUGAGCGUUCUUCAACCUAGUGUGUCGGGUCGGGCGGGUGAGGGGGGUAGGGUCAAGCAACGUCAUGUGCCAGUUGUGGUGGUUUUGUGUUGUACGUUUUGUUUUUUGGUGAAUCCAGUACGUUAGCGAUGUAGUAGCUCACGACAUUUUGUGAGGUUUGUCGCCGUGAGCAAGCGCGAAAAUACAAAACCACAUUCGUAUUCUAGAUUCGCUGGGGCGUGUAGGCUUUUCCCCCGUUGGCGAUUUUCUUCGCGAUUUAGAUACACUAGCUUUUCUUGUACUCUAUUUUCAGUAUAAUAGCCAAACUCGACGACAAACAUACGAGGCAAUCGCCUACGGGGGAAAAAUCUAGGGGCGUGCCAUGCUGACAGACAGGACUCUACCUCGUCGUCAAGAAGACUCGCCGGCCUGUCUUUGGCUAUAAAAUAACAGGGGUGGGGGAUGGUGAAGUCUUCCCGGAUUGAUGAGCGCUUGGAGUGCUACUAAAUACCUUGGAGUAUGUAUCAUAUCAUGUCAUAUCGUAUCAUAUCAUAUCUGUAGGUUGAGCGGGCGGGCGAGGUACGAGCGGCCUGGCCGAGAGAGAGCAGUGCGUCGUACUGUAGAGGCUCCGCGCGAUGCGAUGUGUCGAACGAAGGAAGGCUUGCAGGCUUCCGAUGGGAUGGCGAAAGAGAGGAAGACAUCCUUCGGCUCGCCCACAUUCUCGUGUGUGGUGGUGAAAUGCAAAGUACCCCGUGUGUUUCUCAAAGUUUUGUCCAGGGGAAGGAAGGAGGGCAGGUAAGUUAUGGUAAUAUAGUGAGCCAUAGCAAUGUCCACUCCAGCGAUGUGCGUGGUAGAAGCCUACGAUCAUGUAGCCAGCGCGAUCCGAUAGAAGGAUAGGAAAGGGGGCAUGUCUUUCUGGCGUUUAUCCAUAUGGUCAGUGUGCCACGCGCACACCGCUGGCAGGGCAGAUUGUUCACGGUUCAUGUCAAGAGCAAGGGACGCAGUGUCAGUGGCGUGUGGCCACAGCACUUUUUUCGGAGAGCCCUGCUCAGACAUAUGAGUGUUCGUUUUGUUUGCAUCGCGAUAGCUUUGUUUUUCUGGUGUGUCCACCUGGGGCCGUACAUACCAUCCCGUUUGUGUGAAGAGGAUAGACAAUAUAUAAAGAGCUGUGUUUGUGGUUGUUCUUGUUUGUUGUCUGGGGCCGUCUGGCAGCAGCGCUAUUUUACUUGCAUUUAUUUGCCCAUGAUACCACGUAGGUUGCGCGUUUUCCUUUUUGAAGGCACACACCGCGCGCGCGGUACGAAGGAGGACAUGAUGCACACUGUUAGAGCCAGGUAGUGUUUCUCACGUAUGAAACACGGUUCAUUUUUGACCUCUGCCGUAUGUAGGGUGUUCCUCGCCUUGCUGAGGGCUAUUUCACCGCCUACAGAACGCGUGUUGUGAAGCAGGUAUGCGGCGCGCAAAACAUGCGCGGUGUACGCCUGCACACAUUCAAGUAAAACUUCCGUAUUGGUGCCAGUCCGUCAGCCCCAUGCGCAUGUCGGAGCAAGGUGUAUUAAAGUUGGUGUGAACGUGUCGAUUUGACACUUGGUGACCCGUUUCUUCGUGUUGAAUGAAGAAUAUUCAGCCGACUUUUGGUGAUUUUUAU